AGAUACAAAACUACUUUGUUCGGAUUAAAGAAAACAUGGAGGUUUGGCUUGAAAUUAAACAAAUGAACAUGUUUAUGGAACAAAAGUACUUUGCUAUGUUUAGGUAACAGAAGUACUUAUAUAUAGGCAUAAAGUACUUUAUGUUUAGGCAACAAAAGCACUACUUGGUUUACUUUAGACAACAAAAGUACUUCAAGUUUAAACAACACAAGUAUUUGGUUCACACAGACUUUUCGGACUCAUUUGAAACUCAUUUGAUUUUUGAAAAGCAAACGUAGUCGAGGACAAAAUCUAUUUCCCUUUAAACAUAAUUCACAAAUCAGUUUGUUUGUAUGAGAAUGUAGUUUUUAGGAGACGAGGCUGUUGUGAGAUCAACUAAAUGAAAAUAACAGGAUUGUCCAACAUUUCAUUGCUGUGUUUGUUUCAAUAAAGAAACAUGUUGCUACUUGAAACUUCUUAUCAUUGGGUUCAGGAAAUGUCUCGAGUGUUUACAUUUAAAACCACAAAGUACAGUUUUAUUAUCUAAAAGUACUUUGUUAUGUUUAGGCAACGAAAGUACUACUUGGUUAUGUUUAGGCAACGAAAGUACUACUUGGGUAUGUUUUGUUUACUAAAGUACUACUUGGGUAUGUUCAGGAAACAAAAGUACUACUUGUUUAUGUUCAGGAAACAAAAGUACUACUUGGGUAUGUUCAGGAAACAAAAGUACUACUUGUUUAUGUUUAGGAAACAAAAGUACUACUUGGUUAUGUUUAGGCAACGAAAGUACUACUUGGGUAUGUUUUCUUAACUAAAGUACUACUUGGGUAUGUUCAGGAAACAAAAGUACUACUUGGGUAUGUUUAGGAAACUAAAGGACUUUAUGUUUAGGCAACAAAAGUACUACUUGGUUCGGCUAAAAGUACUUGGUUGUCAAACAUUUCAUUGUUGUGUUUGUUUCAAUAAAGAAACAUGUUGCUAUGUUAACCUUCUUAUCAUUGGUUUCAGGAAAUACCUCGAGUGUUUACAUGGUCAUUUAAACCCAUAAAGUACUGUUUUAUUAUCUCACAGAAUGUGGUGCCAUAAGCUGUCAGGAUCAGAGUUAUCGGUCAUACAUGCAGAGAAAGAAAAACCCAAUCACAGUAAGACAUUAACUUCACGUGUAAAUGAUUGAAUGAAUCACAGAACGGUAUCUUCGGGGUCGCUGCUCGUUAAGCUCGACGCAGCGAAAAUACUCCUCAGACUUUGAUCAGAAACUGACGGAGACGGAGAGUGAGACACUCUGGGAGUGAAGAGACAAGUCACAAGUUUUCUGUCAACUUGACAGAGGACACGAAGGACCGGGUUGCGAUGGCAGGGACACCGGGGAGGUUCCUGGCCGCUGUGCUGCUUCUUGUCUCCUCUGGACUCCACCGCUCCUCCACCUGUCCAGACUCCUGCACCUGUACGAGAGCUCCCCUGUUGAACUGCUCCUCCACCGGCCUUUCCUCUGCACCCCGACUCCUCCGGGACUCCGUGGCUGAGCUGGAUUUGUCUCAUAACCUCCUGGACUCCGUGAGCCUCGACCAGCCGCAUCGUAACCUCAGGGACGUUUGGCUGGGCGACAACGGCAUCGCACGCUUGUCUCUCUGCGUGGAGAGAAACCGCGGACAGAGACGUCUCUGUGGAUCGAGGACUUGGAGAGGACGGGGGUGUGAGUCCUGGGCCCCCGCCCUGCAGCUGCUAUCUGUUGAGAGGAAUCAGCUACAGCAACUCCCACAGGGGCUGGACGGUAGCGAGUCCCUGCAGGUUCUGCAGCUCUCCUUUAACAGGAUCUCAACUCUACGACCAGGAGAGCUUCGCCACCUCCGCCAGCUCAAAGAGCUACACCUCCAACAUAACCUCAUCUCAAGUCUCCAUCCACAGAUGUUCCAGGAUUUAGUGCAGCUCCGGGUCCUUGAUCUGAGCUUCAACAUGUUGACCAGCCUCCAUCCUUUGACAUACCUUUCUCUGCGUAACAUUGGGGCAGACGUCAGGCUGGGGGGCAACAGAUGGCAGUGUGAUUGCAGUAUGCGCAGUCUAAGGAGGAGAAUGGCCUUUGACGGCAGCAGAGGCCUGCAGGCCUGGAGCCUGGUGUGUGCCUCCCCCUCCGUCCUCUCAGGCAGAGAGCUGCUGCAGCUGGAGGACGACGACCUCAACUGUUUCAGUACUGAAAAUGGGCCAGAGCUCCACCGAGAUGUGACGGUCUACAGGGGCUCUGAGAUACUGCUGUCUUGUGCUCCACAAGGUGACAGUCACAAGUGUACAAUAAUUUAAACAUAUAAAACAAUGUUGGUAUGUUUCUGCAAACCAGAUAUUUUGAAUGUGGACAUUUUUUGCAUUCGAUCAAAGCAACUAUUAUAGUAAAUCAAGCAGAGCAAGUGACGUAGUAUAUUAUAGCAACCGUUAUUGAAAGUUUAAAAAGCUAUAAUAAAGAGUAUAACAAGCGAGAAAGUCCUCUAAGGGAGGUUUGGUGGAUGGGUUGAACAAAGACAGGACUCUCCAGGUGACAAUUGUUCGUCAAUGUUGACUUUACGCUCGUUAAGUAACAUUGCUUAAAUAAGUCCACCAAGGGUGGUCAUUUAUUGACACUAAUUAAGUGAUGUUAUUUUGUUACGUUGGGGCUUUUUUGCUAUGUUGUUUCGCUGCGUUGUUUCAUUAAGGAAGUAUGUAACAUUGUAACGUUACGUACAUACAUUAUUAUUUUAACACAAACCAAAGUAGUUUUGAUGCCUAAACCUAACCAGUCGUUUCAAAACAUUAACCAUGUGAAAUUGUGCGUUUCUGCAAGCGUGAUACUAGUCUGAUAUGAAGAAAAAAAAAAAAAAAUGUAAAUGUAUUUCUGGUUCAUAAACGAUUACAUUCAAUGUAUCCUGUGGUUUGCAAAAACGUACAAUGCCAACAAUUUUUCUGGCGAUUUGAUGACAAUGUAGGUCUGUCUAACUGUAAAUAUUGUCUUUGUUGAAGAUUCGGUGUGGUGGACGCCCAGUGGUGACGCAUCCGUGAGUCAACCUCAGGCUGGUCUGGUCAUCGGUGACAUCAAGGAAACAGACA